AUGCCGUGGCUCGGGUGGGCACAUCAGCAAGCUGCAAGGCCGGCCGCCGAUCGAGCGUUCAAGCCUACCUCCAGGCAGUCUCGAAGCGAGCCGAAGAUCGAGUGCAAACUGCGGGCUACGCCUACGGCGCACCCCAUUCCCAGGACCGCAGGCGCCAGCGGAUAUGAUCCCUGGGCGUCAUCCUAUGCGAAAUGUUCUUUUCGGUUAUGCCCACCCGGUGCCGUGGACGACACGUGGAUGGACGACAAGGCUGCUGUAGAUGCGGCGAUUGAAAGACAGGCGGCAUUUUACAGCAGCCUGGUUGUCCAUCCACAUGUCGUCUAUGAAAGCAACCUGGAAGCUUUCGAGCGUGACGCCAAGGGCCACAGUCUUUCGAACAAGAAGGCACGGCCCCUGCGAGAGCUCCCGAUCGCCCAACUACUGCUACGGCCCCUUCCGCGUUACGAAUUCGGGUUAAUCUGCCAGUCCUGGAGACAUCGAGCUUUGCGAGUGGAAGUGGGCAAUGCCGGCACUACGCCGCUCCGCAAAAAUCAGUGCUGCUGUACCGCUCACAGUACACCAUUCCCGGGGCCCCCUCCUGACGCAUGUAGGCCGCAGUCCAGAAUCCUCGGCCAGACGUGGACAACGGUUCAUAUGACACACUUUCCCGCGACCUACUCCGAAUCUAUCACAGUUGUCACCCGGGAGGGUGAAAGUGUGGGUAUCCGCGGGAAAUCAGUGUCUUUACCAAGAUACCUCCACCGAGCAAUCGAAGCCAUCGGCCUUCGCACGGCAAUCAAAAAAUUCUUGCCACAGAGCAACCGGGGUGAGGCCGCAGGCCUAUACAGCAUCAAGCUCUUCCUCGUUCCCACGGAGAACACCUCCAUUUCCGUGGAACACCAAUGGCUGCUCCACCGUCUUACUGAGAAACGACAAUGUGGAGAUAAGGUUCCUGCAGGGCCGUGACCGCUCAUGCAUUCCGCCCGGGGAUACCUACCGCUUCCGUGGACCUGUCAUGUUCGAUGUAUGACCAGAUUCAACCAACCGACCAGUUCCCGACUCGAACACCCUCUCGGCAACGGCACUCCGAGACUUUACGCGAGUCGCAAAGGUCAUGAUGUUGUAAACUAGCUCUGUGCACGGCCAAGCGCCACCCACUUAGAUCGUAGACCGCCAUGUGCAAAUCUCAAGCACGCCAUUCGCUGAAACUGGAGACCCUGUGCGCUCAAGCACGCCAUGGACCCUAGAAAGACAAAGAAUAGAACCGCUCUGUGGAAAAAGAAGUCGGGUACACGGCAGCUAAUCAACCAUCUUGCACGUCAAGAUGAGCAUGUCUGCAUGUCUGGUAGAAUCCGUUUCCCAAAUUGUUAGGAAAUUGUGAAUGAUUUCUUGUGUCGGUGGUCGCAUUGGCCUCGAUCGUCAAUGGCAAAAUGUAGUAUUUAUAUGCACGGGCACCCUACG